GUGAUGCGCUCCCCCGUGGCACAUGGUUCCGUUUUGUGUGAGUACGCGCGUGCGCACCGACGCCUCUCCGAUGAUAUUUUAUUUACUCCCGAAACCCAAGAUGGCUCCUGUGAAUGUCUCAGCCCCAUAGCGAACCGAGGAUGAGAGCAGCUGCUGAAAAGACAACUUUCCCUCGACCGUCGCAUCGCCUGGAGUUCAGCCCGCCCGCUGCGGAGGAGGCUCUCCGCUCCGUCUAGGCCCCCAGCCGCCGCCGGAGCUCCGCGGAACCUUCUUCAACCACCGAUUUGGAGUAGUUUCGCGAAGUCGCUCUUGUCGGGGUGUCGCUGUCUGUCCGGAGCGAGCUCAUCCAAAUGGCCGAACCGAGAAAAGUGCAGUUUGUCACCCUGUCGGCCUUCGCAGCCGGAACGGCCGCGGAGUCCAGGAAACGCCGGCUGGAGGAGGAAGAGGAGGCCGAUUUCAACUUGGACAGAGCCGGAGAGGCAGAGGCAGGCAGCGGGGCAGGAGGCAGCGCCACUAACGGCGACAGGGAGCAGGCUGCCGCCGAGCAGAGGACGACCGUUCGGCUCAACCUGUCCCUGUCCGAGCCCGACGACCGGACCUCCGCAGAGUUUAACUACGGCGAACUCCUCCAGAACCUCCAGACAAAAAUCAAUCUUCCGAGUGUGACUUCCUCCCUCAGUCUCUUCAACGAUGAGCAACGUGAGCGGCUGGAGGUGGAAGCUCUGGCCAAAAAGUUUGAAAAUAAAUAUGGUAACACGGGUACGAAAAAGAGAAAGGAUCGGAUGCAGGAUCUGAUCGAUAUCGGGUUCGGUUACGAUGAGACGGACCCGUUUAUAGACAACUCUGAAGCCUACGAUGAGCUGGUGCCCGCGUCUCUGACCACAAAGCUCGGGGGAUUUUACAUCAACACGGGCACGUUGCAGUUCAGAGCGGCCUCUGACUCAGAGGGAGAGGAGGACAAGAAGCUGAACAGUGAUAAAGAGCAGGCGAUGAAGAAGAGGAAGAAGAAUGAAGCGAACUGUCUGGAAGAGAAUAACCUGAUGAAGAAUAGAGAAACUAAACAGGGUGUCCAAGCUCUCAACCUCCACCGACCAGAGAAGAAGAAGAGAAAGAAACUGAUGAAGGACUCGUUGUACCUGGCGGCCAUGCUCCGCCGUUUCACCCGGGAAAAAGAAGAGAUGAAGAAAAGAAACCCCAACAUGGAUCCCCUCCGCUUGGCAGCUGGUACUGCCAGUAAACCUCCCUCUGUAAACACCAAAUCCCUCCCCUUAGCCUCGAACUCCACCCACCUUCAGGGCGGUACAUCUACCGGCGACCUCUCACUCACAGACCUCACCUCAGACCCCACCAUCAUGUCACUGCUGGGCUCCGCAAACGAGAAGGAGCUGCAGGACCUCCUGGGAGAUCUGGACUUUAACUUGUUGGACACGGACCAGCAGCAUGCAGUGGUGACGGCCAGAGAGAACGGCAUUCUGGGUAUUGGCCUUCCAUCCCAAAAAGCAGCAGUGUGUGGGGGUAGUGGCCAGGGGCGAAUGCCGGGGUCCUCCGGCGGACUGUUUUCGCCGCCGCCGCUGCCUGAUGGACUGCCUGCUCCUCUAAUUAAACGCAUCGAGGACCUGCGGGCGGCAUCGCGGCAGUUUGAUCAGGAGGGCAGGAAGAAAUUCUUCACCCUGGACAUGAAUAACAUUCUCCUGGAUAUUGAGCUGCAGGUCCAGGAGCAGCCUCCAGAGAAACGCUCAGACAUCUAUUCGCACAUGGAAGCAUUUGUGCCGUGCAACAAAGAGGCCCUCCUGAAGCGUCUGAAAAAGCUCAGCCUAAACAUCCAGGAUGACCGGCUGCGGGCUCCCCUGCUGAAGCUGAAGUUGGCCGUUUGUAGCGUCAUGCCUGAACAGAUCGCGAGAUUUAACAUGGAUUGUAUGGCCAAGGUUGCAAAGCAGCAGUCCGAAGAGGGGGACAGGAACGGCUCAGAGGAAGAGGACGAUGAGAAACCUGGGAAAAGAGUGAUGGGACCACGAAAGAAGUUCAUCUGGGACGACAAGCUCAGGACGUUGCUGUGUAAUGUGGUCCGUGUGAAGCUGAGCUGCUAUGAGAUGGAGAGCCAGUGCACUCUGUCUGUGGAGGACUACCUCAAAGCCUUCUUGGAGAACGAGGUCAAACCGCUGUGGCCCAAAGGCUGGAUGCAGACCAGGAUUUUGUUCAAAGAAAGUCUUGCUGUUCACAGUCACCUCACUGGAAACCUAGUCCGAAGGAGGGUGGUGCCUGGACCCAAGGCCAAAGCUAAGGAGGGUCUGUGGCUCAACAAAGCGCCUCCAACCAUGACCUCCAGCCGCCAGCCCCUCCCUCUGUCCUCCCCCCCUGAGCCCAUCUGCCUGUCGGACUCUCUGGACGAGGAUUUGACGGCUCCCUCUCUGGACUCCAUCUCUCACGCUCUGGCCCUGCUCAGCAGCGCCUCUAAGGGCCUGGGCCCCGCAGACAGCCCCAUGUCGCCCCCCCCUCUCCAGAUGCCCACCUCCUCCCCCCCGCCCGUUGCCCCUCACUACCCCGCUGCCUCCCAGUUGUCCACCUCGUCCACGUUGCAUCAACAUUCCCUGUCCAGGGUAGAGGCGGCCCCUCCCACUGCUGCUUCUACUGGGAACCAAUCAGGAGCUGCUCCAGCAGCCCCUCCCACUACCUCUGCUUCCUCUUCCUCGUCGUCGUCUUCUUCUUCUCCUGUUGUCUCCUCCGCGGCUCGUGUUCAAACCUCCGGCCUGCUGUUGACCUCCAGGACUGCUGAGGGUCACUUUGUGCAGAUCAAAGCUUCUGGUACGGCGGCUCAGACGCAGAGACACGUUACCAUGGCAACCCCCAGCCACAGGCCCGGUUCCGCUCUGGGGAAGAUCCACCCACACCCCUCCCCCUCACCCCCGAAGCAGCGGCCGCCGCCCACCGCCUCGCCUCUGCUGCCCCCCCAUCAGAAAGGCUUCUCCUGCCCAGCGGGGUUACUGGGAACGAUGGGGGGGGGCCAGGUGGCGCCCAAGAGCAGCGGGAAAUCCAGCGGCAACGGCGCCGCCCUGAGCAGCCCCGCCCCACCUUCAUCUUCGCCUUCAUCACAGCCGCGCUCCAACUCUACCUCCCUCAGCGGGUCGCAGUCCUUCUGCCCGCCCUCCCCAGCCGCCUCCUCGCCGUCCCCCACCUCCCACACGGCCCACCCCCCUCAGAGCAAACCCCAGAUCCACCACCAGGCCAACUUCAUCACCCCCAUGCAGGCCACCCUCACCAAGUCCUCCCACAGCAGCAACUCCUCCCCCAUCAUUAAACUCACGCCGCGCCCCCCUGCGCCC